UCCAACAGUAUUCGAUUAUACGUUGACCAGACGGGAAAAUGUUAGCAGUCCGCUCCAUAUUUUUAUUGCUAGCAACGUUAGCGGUGUGCGCUCGCGGAGCGAACAUUUUGGGACUGUUUAGCAGUCACAGUCCGUCCCAUUUAAUAGUGCACAUGUCUGUGGUCAAGGCCCUGGCCGAGGCGGGUCAUAAUGUCACAGUGGUUUCCAUGCAGAAGCCCAAAGUGAUGCACAAGAAUAUCCACCUGAUAGUGGUGCCGGUAAAGGAGGAGCAGGAGCGAGUACUGGAAGCCCAAUUGGCCACAAUGGCGGGUCAGAAGAACUCCAUUGUGAGCACUCUGAAUCGCCUGAUGAACGACAUGAAUGUGAUGAUCGACGCCCAGGCAGAUCUGCUAUCGGACCCACGGUUCCAGCGCAUCUACGAGACGAAGUUCGAUCUGAUGAUAUUGGGAUAUUUUAUCAACGAUUUUCAGUUGGGGGUGGCUGCCAAACUGCAAGUGCCCGUGAUCAUAGACUGGAUGAAUGCGCCCAUCCCUAUCAUAGACGUCUUUACUGGUAAUCCUACAGAGGUGUCCUAUGUGCCCAACAUGGCAACAAUUGCCGAGCAGCCCAUGAGUCUGCUGAAGAGGGCCGAAAAUUUGGCCAAGUAUCUGUUCAUCACUUACAUGAGCAAUAAGCUGGAUAGCCGAGUGACACGUCAUUUUAAUAACAACUUUGGGGGGGAGAAGGGACUGCGUAGCCUGGAAGAGAUGAGGAAAAAUAUCUCCCUGGCGUUUGUCAAUUCUCAUCUGAUCAGUGAGGGUCCCAUCAGGCCGCUUGUUCCUGCCAUCGUUGAAAUCGGCGGCAUACAGGUUAAGGAUACGGCGGAUCCUCUACCCAAGGAUAUUGAUCAGUUCCUGCAACAGUCUCCGGAGGGAGCCAUUCUCCUCUCUCUGGGCUCGAACAUCAAGAGUACUGCCGUGAAACCGGAACUGAUCCAAAUCAUCUACAAGGUCUUGUCGGAAAUCAAUCGUAAUGUGAUUUGGAAGUGGGAGGAUUUGGAAAAAACUCCCGGCAAUUCCACCAACAUACUUUACAAGAACUGGCUGCCGCAGGACGAUAUUCUGGCCCAUCCCAACACAAAACUCUUCAUCACCCAUGCCGGCAAGGGAGGCAUCACCGAGGCGCAGUAUCAUGGCGUUCCCAUGGUGGCCUUGCCCAUAUUUGGGGAUCAACUUGGUAAUGCCGAUCAGAUGGAGCGCUCCGGCUAUGGUCUGGCCCUCGAUCUUCUGAGCAUCACUGAAGAAAGCUUUAGGGCAGCCCUCAAUGAGGUUCUGGAGAAUGAUAAAUAUCGCCAGACCAUUAGCAAGUUCUCCUCGAUGUACAGAGACCGUCCAAUGACCGCCAGGGAAACGGUUGUCUACUGGACUGACUACGUCCUGCGGCACCGAGGAGCACCGCACCUGCAGAGCCCGGUCGUGCACAUGAGCUUCAUCGAGCUAUUCAAUCUUGAUCUGUAUGCUUUGCUUAUAUCGGUUCUUGUUAUAAUUCUGGUCCUAAUUCGGUUAACGGUUCGUUUUGCGUGGAACAAACUGCAGGGCAAGGCGAAGUGUAGUCCAAAAACUUCAAAGAAACAGAAAAAGCUGUGAAACAUCUUAAUACAAAAUAUAUAAGAAUUAAGUAAUACAACCAAAGUAAGAACUCAUUUCUAGCUUUAUUUUCUUAAUCAAAUAAAACUUAAAUAUGAAAAUGGUUGGUAUGGUUUUGUCGAAAAAAUGUUCAGUAGUCAAGUCGUAAUUGGGUCACAUAUAUCGCAAUAAGAAAUUUGUAUGUGGUAAUAGGACUAUCAUUAAUUUUGAAUACUUAUGUUAAGAUUGAUAAAGCUGUUUUUAAAAACCAAACCUCCCAGGCAA